CAACACACACAUAUAUAUGCAGCCGCGCUUCCUUAUCAAAAAAACCCUAGUGUCUCUCCAACCCUAGAAAUUUUCUCAGUUCAUUUCAGCAGGUCGCCGAUUGAGGACGGCGCCGUCAACCGGUAAACAUGGUGCACGUUUCCUUUUACCGCAACUAUGGGAAGACCUUUAAGAAGCCUCGACGUCCUUAUGAGAAGGAAAGGUUGGAUGCAGAGUUGAAGCUUGUUGGAGAGUAUGGACUGAGGUGCAAGAGGGAGUUGUGGAGAGUUCAGUAUGCUUUGAGCCGUAUCAGGAAUGCUGCAAGAAUGCUUCUGACCCUUGAUGAGAAAGACCCACGUCGUAUUUUUGAAGGUGAAGCUCUUUUGAGGAGGAUGAACCGGUAUGGGUUGUUGGACGAGAGCCAGAACAAGCUUGAUUAUGUCUUGGCACUCACUGUUGAGAACUUCCUUGAACGUCGUCUGCAAACACUUGUCUUCAAGACUGGCAUGGCCAAGUCAAUCCACCAUGCGAGAGUGCUCAUCAGGCAAAGGCAUAUCAGGGUUGGAAGGCAAGUCGUGAAUGUUGCUUCAUUCAUGGUGAGAGUGGACUCUCAGAAGCACAUUGACUUCUCUCUAACCAGUCCUUUUGGUGGUGGGCGUCCAGGAAGAGUGAAGCGAAAGAACCAAAAGUCUGCUGCCAAGAAGGCUGCUGGCGGUGAUGGUGACGAGGAUGAUGAAGAAUGAGCUUUUGCGCAAGAAUUUAAAGAAGUGUGGCGAUGGAAUCGUUCAUUUUUGAAGUUUUUAGUUACCUAUGUAGUGGUUCCUUACAUUCCUUUCUUCAAUAUUUUGAUAUCUUCAUAUGUUAGAAAGAAAUGUUCUUAGGAGAUUGUGAGAAUGUUUUUAUGUUUGGAUUUUGCACUCAUCUUAGAGUUUCAACAAAAUGUUUUGAACAAGAUUACCUCUUAUUUUAUGAGAUAGAAGCAAGUUAUAUACUCGCUUCGAUCUUUUUCCUUA